GAGAAGUCAUUCCUGGUGACUGGCGACUGCCGUUCACAGUUGGUUCUUUCACUUCUCAAGAGCUUAUUUCUGAUGAUCCACCUAUCAGAUGCUUUCUUUCUUGCAUUUCAUAUAGUAUCAUACAGAAGACGUCUGUGCAGAUUUCAAGAAAAGCUUUUACUGGUUAG